UACUUGUACUACAACAUACUUUGAUCCUUCAUUAGUGUUAACAGUUCAGAAAUCACUUUCAUUAAUUAGUUUACAAGUUCAACUGAGUUUGAGAAGAUAUCACAGAAUGGCAAGCCAAUCAGUUCAUUAUUUCAUAGUUAAAGAUGGGAGGGGAAAUGAUGUGAAACUGGGAGAAUACAAAGGAAAAGUCCUUCUCAUUGUUAAUGUUGCCUCACAAUGUGGGUUGACCAAUUCAAACUACACAGAACUUAAUCAAUUGUAUGACAAAUACAAACAAAAAGGGCUUGAAAUUCUAGCAUUCCCAUGCAAUCAGUUUGGAGCACAGGAACCUGGAACUAAUGAAGAGAUAGCAAAUUUUGUUUGUACUCGCUUCAAAGCUGAGUUUCCCAUUUUUGACAAGGUGGAUGUGAAUGGUGAGAAUGCUGCUCCACUUUACAAGUUUCUGAAAUCAAGCAAAGGUGGAGAUAAUAUCAGGUGGAACUUCUCCAAAUUUCUUGUUGAUAGAGAAGGCCAUGUUGUUCAUAGUUAUGAACCCACAACUUCUCCUCUUAGCAUUGAGGUAAAUAUGUGUAUAUAUAUGCAUAGCACAAUUUCAUUUGUGUGAUUUCAUGCACAACUCCAAUAAAAUGUUUCUCAUUAAUCUGCAGAAAGACAUCAAGAAUCUGCUGGAAGCAUGAAUGAGCAGUGGAGAUUUGCCGCAACAUAUGAAUUGUAAUGAAUAAGAAUUACUCCUACCUUCUUCAUGUUUGUGAAAUAAUUAAAUGUAUUCAUGAUCUAUUCAUAAAUCAUAGUAACUAUCAAUCAAGCCUGAGGCUACUUUUCUUUUGGGGAUAUGCAUGUGACCUCAAAGAUUCUAAAAGUUACAAAUCCAAAUUUAAAACUGAACAGUGCCUAUUUAUUUUGUCCUUAAAGUUGUAAUUAUAUACAGUAACAAAAGAGAUCAUGCUACUUAUAAUAUGGUAGAUGUAAAAGAAAUCAUUAUACAUGAAGUUCUCAAUCAUAUAAAGUUUGAAUAGUGGAUAAUACCACAAACCAAAAUAGUCAUUCAUCUUUUUUGUUAUGAGGAAACAACAAAAAUAAAAGAGGAGGAGGAAUAUAAAAAUUAUAUUAGCUAUGAAAAUUAUUAAAACAAGAUUUUUUAAACAAAGAUGAUGUUAGAAUAUAAUUAGGACAAAAAUUCAAUAAAAAACAGAAUAUGAUAAAAACAAGUGUAAAACCCUUUUAAAAAACUAGCUCAUGAGGCUUCAUGCCUUGCUUGAGGGAAAACCUAGCACCAAUAUAUGCCUUCAAAUCUGGAACGCUUUCAAUGGCUUUUAACAAAGCAGAGUCCACCGUUUUCUGAUCAUCUUUCUUCUCCUGGGGCAGAACUUUUUUCUCCUCUUUCUCUGAUUCAAAGAACUCUCCCUCUUCCUUUUUCUUCUUCUUCUCAG